AUGCAGAGACACAGAGACCCAGAGACCCAGAGACCCAGAGACGCAGAGACGCAGAGACGCAGAGACGCAGAGAAGCAGAGACGCAGAGAAGCAGAGACGCAGAGACGCAGAGACGCAGAGACGCAGAGAAGCAGAGAAGCAGAGACUCAGAGACGCAGAGACAGACCCAGAGACCCAGAGACGCAGAGACGCAGAGAACCGGAGACGCAGAGACACAGAGACCCAGAGACCCAGAGACCCAGAGACGCAGAGACGCAGAGACGCAGAGACGCAGAGAAGCAGAGACUCAGAGACGCAGAGACGCAGAGACGCAGAGACGCAGAGAAGCAGAGAAGCAGAGACUCAGAGACGCAGAGACGCAGAGACAGACACAGAGACCCAGAGACCCAGAGACCCAGAGACGCAGAGACGCAGAGACGCAGAGACGCAGAGAAGCAGAGACGCAGAGAAGCAGAGACUCAGAGACGCAGAGACACAGAGACGCAGAGACGCAGAGAAGCAGAGACUCAGAGACGCAGAGACCGUGGAGAGUAA